AAAAAAUCUUGUUUUCAGUUGGAUGUGCAUGUUUUGUUAAUUCAGAUAAUUUACGUAACUUUCAAAGGAUAAUUCCUGAAAAUUACGCAUGAGAUCGAGAUAUGCCUUGCUGUGAAUGCAAAUGGAGCUAGCAGAGAACGUGGACGAAAAACAAUCGUCUUAUAUGAAGCCUGGCACAACCAACCCCAAAUAUAGAGAUUCAUUACAUUCUGUAAACGAUAUGGCAAAGGCAAAGUCGAGGGUUUAUAUGAGAAUAUUUGCGUAUGUGACGUGUUGUGGUUUAUUACUGCUUGUUGGUGGUGGAACCUUCUUUAUCUAUGAAAGUUUGGUCAUUGAUAAACUUCCAGAAAAAGAGGUGAAGCCGGAUGACACAUUGGUAUUGGGCCGAUCGGCACCAGCUCCAGCUGCAUAUCUAAUGGAUGAUAACGCAAACUAUUCGAAGGAAUUUCAAAUUGUUGCUUUUGCUUUCAUCGGCGUCGGUAUUGUUUUAUUCGUGAUUGGAGCGCCCCUGGCGACGCAGUUUUAUCGAAGAUACAGAGGAGCAAAAGAUUCGGAAAGAUCACCCAUAAUCGAUCCUCUCAGUAAAAAAGACAAGUCAAAAUCAAAAAUUUAUAAUCCACAGAAGCAAAAGGAACCAAUUGAACAAACGGCUGAAUCCUCUUCAACUACACAAACUUCAAAAAAAGCGAGAAUAUUUCGCGGAAAACGAAAAACAAAACUCGGAUGGAUGCAUAAAAGCAGAAAAUCCUUUUCUCAAGAAGGAUUUAGAUUUGCUGCUCAUAGACAUCCAUCCAUGAAUCAGAUAACCAUUGAUAGCAGUGGAUUUCUUGAUAGACGAAUCAGCGAAAAUUCAUCUGGUGGAAGCAGUGAUGACGAUAUUCCCGAGGUGAAAGAUUCGCCAAAAAUGCGACCCAAGUCACCGGGAUUUAUGGGAUUCGUCAGUCGAAUAUUUCAGCGAAAUACUGUAAAAGAAGGCGACUUUGAGCAUAGAAAGUUGGAAAAUAUUCCCGGUUCGUCUCGAGAAAAAUCGACAAGUGGAACCUACGAAGAAACAAGUAAUGUAACUACAAAGAAACAUGAUAUGGAUGCUGCAUCGGAUAGGUCAAACGAGAGAAAUACUUACGGAGUGAAUCAGAGUUAUGAUCCCAGUAAAGACUUUGCAACUGACAAUGAUGGGCUUUAUAACCUUCAGGAUUAAACUUACGAGAACUAGUUACUAGAGUACAUCUAAAGAUCCAAGUUCAACAAUUACCUCAACUCGUUGAAAAGUUACAAAGGCGGGUUGGAUGCGAAAACAUGGUCGUAUCGGCAUUACAUUGUGUCGUAACAAUUCCUAAAUAGGGGAAAUAUUAUAGUCAAUGUUACCAGCUGAAUUUUUAUGCUAGUAGAUCAAUAAUAAAGCAAAAUACAUGAGUGAAUACGAGCAAGUGUUUACUACG